AUGAUGAGCGGCGGCGCAGGCUUCCCUCGCACGGAGCGCGGCGCGCGCAGGCCCAAGUGCGCGCGCUGCCGCAACCACGGGCUCAUCAGCUGGCUCAAGGGGCACAAGCGCCAGUGCCGCUUCCGCGCCUGCGUCUGCGCCAAGUGCUCCCUCAUUGCCGAGCGCCAGCGGGUCAUGGCCGCGCAGGUGGCGCUGAAGCGGCAACAGGCGGCCGAGGACGCGAUCGCGCUGGGGCUGGUGGCGGUGACGACUGGCGCCGAGUACGGGUUCUUGCCGCAGGGGCCCAUCUUCGGCAUGAGCACCACGGCUCCCCAGAGCGAGCCCUCCGCAGGUACCGCUGCUCAGCGGCCGCUGGCGGCCGGCUCGCUGGACCUGCUGGCCAAACUGUUCCCUCACAAGAAGCGCUCCGUGCUGGAGCUCGUGUUGCGCCGCUGCGGCGACGACCUCGUCAAGGCCAUAGAGCAGUGCGUGCCCUGCGACCCAGCCGCCGCAGCUGCGGCCGCUGCCAGGUCGGUGACAGCAAAGGAGGCUACGACGGCGGCGGCCAGCAGCUCGUCCUCUGCAGCCAGCAGUAGCAGCAGCGGGGGUGGCGGCGGCGGCGGCGGCGGCGGCGGCGGCGGCAGCCGAGUCGGCGUGGGCAGCCCGGUGUCGAUGUCAGGGCGGUCUGCGUUCACGCCGGUCACCCCCGGCAGCGGCGCGGUGGGCGCGGGGCCUACAAUGAUCCUAUAUCUGGGGGUGUUUACUGAUGAUGAUGAUGAUGAUGAUGAUGAUGUUUGA